AUGUCGACACAACGUUACGAGACAGGACCCUGGUCAACACCUGAUAUCGUUUGUGCGGCAGUCAUUGGGCCUCUGAUAGCGGCCGCCUUCCUCGAGUCGGUACUAUGGGUGGCAGCAUUCUGUUAUUGCCUCGUAAAGGCUUAUCAGAAGGCGGACCAUGUGUCUUCGAAAAUUCUGGCUGGUUUCUUGACAGUCGUCUUUGUCGUUCUCAGGGGCAUCUUCCUGCCAGUGAUGCUCGUUACUCUACCCUUGCCGAGUCGAAUAGUACAAUACUUCCCAGAAGAGCUCGUUGCUGUCCUCCAGAAAUUUGCCUUCUACAGCUUUGCUGCCAUACUUAUUGUGCCUUGGUUGUUCUGCGUCUAUCGAAUUGUCAUAAUUCCCUUGGGGCGGAAGAAAUUGGUCAAAUACACGCUUGAUGAGCGGAUUGCCCCCAAAGUGGUGGUUGUGAUGCCUGUCUACAAGGAGCCCCCAGAAUCACUGUGGGCUGCACUCAAUUCAGUGGUCCACUGCGACUAUCCCGCUGCAUGCAUCCACGUCUUUCUAUCCUUCGACGGAGACGGCAUCGAUGAACUGUACUUGAAGACACUUGACCGGUUGGGCAUUCCUGUCACGCUGAAAGACUUUCCCAAAUCCAUCGAUGUCGCUUUCCACGGUGCGAGGGUCACAGUGUCCAGGUUUCCGCACGGUGGCAAGCGUCAUUGUCAGAAAGCGACCUUCCUCCUGAUCGACAAGAUAUACAAGCGGUAUUUGCAACGAAAAGACGAUCUUUUCAUCCUGUUCAUUGAUUCCGAUUGCGUCCUGGAUCCAGUAUGCAUCCAGAAUUUCAUGUACGAUAUGGAGUUGAAGCCCGGUGCCAAACGUAAUAUGCUGGCAAUGACCGGCAUCAUCACCUCUUGUACAAAGAAGAAUUCGUUCUUGACCUUGAUGCAAGAUAUGGAAUAUGUCCACGGACAGCUGUUUGAGCGGUCUGUAGAAUCAGGAUGUGGCGCGGUGACUUGCUUGCCUGGCGCCUUGACUCUGCUACGAUUCUCGGCGUUUCGAAAUAUGGCAAAGUUUUACUUCUCGGACAGAGCGGAGGAGUGUGAGGACCUGUUCGAUUAUGCCAAAACGCACCUAGGAGAAGAUCGAUGGCUCACACAUCUGUUCAUGCUGGGAGCGAAGGAGCGGUAUCAGAUCCAACUCAGCACAAGUGCCUUCUGCAAAACGGAAGCGGUACAGACGUUCCGCUCACUGCUCAAACAACGACGCCGUUGGUUUCUUGGUUUCAUCACCAAUGAAGUCUGCAUGAUGACAGACGCUCGUCUUUGGAGGAAAUACCCAAUGCUCUGUCUCCUUCGCUUCAUGACCGUCACGAUCCGAACAACAGCAUUGUUGUUCCUGGUUACAAUCAUAGCUGUGGCCACCACUUCGAGCCGUGUUGAACGUUUACCGUGGGAGUUCAUGUGCAUUUCCUGCGGACUCAACUGGAUGUUGAUGCUUUACUUUGCAAUCAGGUUGCAUCGCUGGAAGGCAGUCCUUUACCCAAUCAUGUUUAUGCUCAAUCCGUUCAUGAACUGGGUAUACAUGGUCUAUGGCGUUUUGACAGCUGGACAGAGAACGUGGGGAGGACCGCGGGCAGACGCUGGCGCAGCAGAUGCAAAGGUCAGUCCGCAGGAAGCGAUCGAGUAUGCAAUCGCCACAGGGGACGAUUUGAACGUGGUUCCCGAAACAUUCAAACCCGCCAUGCAGGUCAGACGCCGUCGAACACGCCCAUCGGCGCUCCAGCCAUCGUCAUGUGUGGAGGGUCGUUUCGUCCCAAGCGACCAGGAUUCAAGCUUGGUCAUGGAAAAGGGCUUGAUAUCCCCGACCCCGUCGGACCUCAACAUAAUCGCGCAACUGCGCCGGCGAGAGCAUGAUUCUCUCGACAUGAGUGAUUCGGAGGAUAUAUCCGUCCACACGCCUCAGAGGAUUGGCAGCGUAUCCGGUGAAGAUUACAUGUUAGGUGUGUCCGAAUCGAGUGGCAGUAACCUCCCCAGGUUCCCCAGCAUGCCAGGUGGGCAACGGUCUUUCGCGAGGGAAAGCUAUUAUUCCGCCCAGGGCGCUCCCACCACUGGACCUGCGUCUCAGCGACAGCAAGCUCCUACUGGGAUGGAAAGGUUGGGAAGGACUACAUCACCCUCAGUGGUGGUGAGUGAAGCCGAGCUUCAGCAGCUCAGGGAGAUCGCUGCCCGAUAUGAAAGUGGGGAGAGGCGAGGUUACUGGGACAGUCGAAGCCCCCUGGGCCGGAUCAGUCCCCUAACAGCAUUACCAGUUGAUGAGGAGAUGUCGAGGCUGCAAGGCGACCAUUAUGAUGGCACAGAUGACGGUAACGGAGAUGGAGCCGGGUACAGUGGCAGCGGAUCAUCCAGGCGAAAGCGGCUUCGGAAGAGCAGUCGAAGUCCUAGCCAUAUGGUAUAG